AUGUCUCCUCAUCAAUCGCAGAUCUGGUUCGCCGGCCAUUGGAUGAAGGACCUAGCCAGUACAACGUCGUCAUAUCUUACAAUCUUCAAAGGGAACUUUUAUGCUCGAGAAGUUCAAAGGAGCCCUGGAACAGGCCGUCUCCCGGCACGAGUCCGUACGGACUGCCUUCUUUUCGGAUCCCAACGGUGGCGACCUUCUUCAGGGUGUCUUGAAAAUGCCACCCACCCUUCUUCGAGCAUGUCACGGCUUCUGGCGCUGCCUCUGUGUCAAGGGAGUUUGACAAACUUGCGUCUCAUCAAUGGCGGCUGGAGCAAGAGUACUGGAAAUGUGAGCUUUCACCACCUCAGAAGUGAUGCCUGUCCUUCCUCGCCAAAGGAGAAGACCCGGGCGCCAACAGAUAAUUUCAAGGUGCACACAGCGACGCGCAUGUUAGCAUCGAAGUCGCGGACAGGAUCAAACAAGCGAGUCGCAGUCUCCGAGGCGCCGUUUCAUUUCUACCUUGCAACAUUUUGCGGGUCUUCCCUUGCCGGAUUGCUCAAGGUCGAAAAUCUAUGCAUCGGUAUGAGCGACGCGAAUCGCAAACACCAGCAGUUCAUCGGCACGCCCAAAGUAUUCCAGAAGACAUCUACGAAGGUUCUCACUGCGAUUUCGAAUUCCUCAGUUCCCUCCAAGCUUGGUCGUGGACGCGCUCAAUAUCCCGCGAGCGUCGAAUGUCCGCCUCUCUUUCAGGUUACCAUAAACUACCGCGUGAGGAGAUUACGAAUGUCGGUUGAUGACUUUGACCUCAAUUACGAUAGAAGUGUGAUGGGCAACGCACCAUAUGAUAUGUCCUUCCACGUCACGCCGUGUGCGAACGGCUCCUGUAUUGUGGAACUUAACUGUCGUGAUUAUUUGUAUUCGCUUUGA